AUGAAGAUAUCAUCAUUAUUCACAACCGCCGCUUUUGUUUCCAUAAUCUCAGCUGCUCCUGCUGUGACUGCUCCACCUAAUGCUGCUGCUACCGAUGGCGCCAAUUGGUCAACUUACCCUUCGGUUCCAAAGACCGCUUCCAUCAAUGGUUUCGCUGAUAGAAUUUAUGAUCAAUUACCAUCCUGUGCUCAGCCAUGUGUUCGUGAAGACACAGGCUCAACACCUUGCCCAUACUGGGACACUGGAUGCUUAUGUGUUAUGCCUCAAUUUGCUGGUCCUAUUGGUCUUUGUAUUGCUUCGGCUUGUAAAGGGAACGACGUUCGUUCAGCAACCUCAUUGGCUACGUCAAUUUGUUCUAGUGCUGGGGUUUGGGAACCAUAUUGGAUGAUACCAGCUACUGUUUCCGAAAGUUUGGCUGCCGCUGCUACCGCUGCUUAG